CAAUAAUGCAAAUAGUAUUCCCCCCUAGUUCCUCCUCUGUCAAAAUUAUCAAUACAGGUAGCUAGCUAAACAGAUGUUCCAUUAUAGAGGCAAUUCUCAACCAGUAAUGACAGUAGCCAGUGUUACACAGAGACUGUUUAUCAGGCAGCCAAUUUCAACCAAGGUACACAUAGCUAGCUAAUACAGAUGACAGUAGCCAGUGUUACACAGAGACUGUUUAUCAGGCAGCCA